AUGUCCUUCGAAGAAUCAAAAUCUGAAGUCAAGUCUGAGCUUUCUGUUCCUGUUACCCCUUACCGGUGGCAUUCUAACAUCUAUCUCCUCUGGGGACUCCGUAUCGGGCAGUUUGUAUUUACUAUUAUCACCUUGGGCUUGAGCGCCAAAGUAUUAGAUUUUGGCAUCAAUCAUGCUACCACGGGGUAUGCGGUUGCAAUUUCGGUCAUGACUUUCGUGUACUUAGCGAUUGUCACUGUUAUACCACUCAGACUCAGCGAUUGUGUGUUGGCAAUUCUCAUUAGUGAGGUUAUCCUCGCUAUUCUAUGGUUUGCCGCUUUCGUCGCUUUGGCGGCGCUCCAUGGCGGUAUAAACUGUAGCAAUCGAUAUGUCUAUAGCAGUGGCUGGUUGGAAUACUGCCGUGCAGGCCAAGCUUCUAUCGCUAUGGCAUUCUUUGCAUUUUGGCUUUUUGAUAUCACUGCAACAUUGUUCUGGCUGAACGUUAUGGCUCCAAUUAGGUUAGCCACAGGAGGCAAGUUAUUUUAUAGUGGCAGUGAAGCUACUCUCACCCGAUGGUGCAACCUCCGCAUAAGUAGCACGAAUCCUCAUACGGACGUGGAAGCCCUACCGCCCACAGAUUUAGAGAUCGUACCCCCUACCAAUGAAGCUAAUCUGCCACCAGCAGAUGUGGAGCCUCCAGCUAACGCUGUUGUUGGGGCAUCAGAACCGACUGAUGUGCAAUAUCCGCCACGCGCGGAGCGGCCCAUAGCAUCCACUGCCCAAUAUUGA